AUACAAGGUCAAGCGCACGCACAUGUCCGAGCCGAAAGCCCAGAAGUGUUUUUACCUCGGCCCGGGAAUCAACACCAACAAUAGUUGCGUGCGCAUCUUGAACGAAAAACGCCAAGCGAUCACAACUCGCAAGUUCACCUGGCAAUCCGUACCCGCUGCCCCCACCGCCCUGCCCCAGUCGCUACAUCCCAUCGCAGAGGAGGAACAAGAAUUCGCGACUGGGGAGGACGAGGUUGGGGAGGCCGCGUCGAGCCAUGGUGGAGGGAGGGCGGAGAGAGAACCUGUGGAUGGAGGACGAAGUUUCAACCUUGGCACGACGGCAGCCCCGGCGGCCCCGGGGCCCGCGGGGCCGCCCGCGCCCCAGGUGUUGGGCGCGGGCGACGCUGGCGAUGGCGCCCCCUCGAGCAGGGAAGGCGCGAGGGUCGCCCCAUCUACCACGUCAGCCGGCAUGGCCGAUGUGGGCGGCGGCGAGGAUGACCGCCGCAGCAGCAGCCGCCGUGCUAACGGCAGCAGCGGCAGCGGUAGCGGCAGCGGCAGCGACAGCGACAGCGAGACGGAUCUCCCGGCGGCUCGCCCGCUUCGACAAGCCGGCGGAACUCACCAGCCGCCGCACCAGGGAGAACCCUCGCCGAAACCCGAGGUGCCCCCGUCGCCGGCAAGUGCCGAAGCCCUGUUCGCCUCGGCGGCGAGCCUUCCCGUCAGCAGCACGGAGGAGUUCACCAGCUGGAUACUCUCGGCGGCGUACACACACGCAACGCUAGAGGGGGAGGUUUUUCUGAGGCUCCCCGCUGGGUGCGGGGACAAAUCGCAUAAGAUUGUCAAGGCUGAGCGUGCGAUUCGCGGUCUGAAGCAGAGCGGUAGGCAGUGGGGGUACCACGCUGCUGAUACGCUAGUCGAGAACGGGUUCGAGCAGUGCAAGGCGGACCCGUGUGUUUUCCGCAAGAUGGUAGACGAAGUCGUGGUGAUGAUUAUCGUUGUCUACUUGGAUGACAUCUUGGUGGCUGGGUCUGACGAGGAUUGCAAGGGGUUGCUUGCUUCUCUCAACAAGAAAUUUCCCACAAAAAAUCUGGGAGAGUGCGAACGGUUUGACGGGUGCGCCAUUGAGAGAGAUGUAGAGUCUACGACUCUUAAAAUCUCGCAAACCGCCAUUACGUGGGUGUCAACAUGCUCGCGUCCAGACGUCUCGUUCGCCGUGCGUGCGGUAGAGCGCCACGCCCACGCCCUAGCGAAGAGGCACUGGGAUGCCAUCCGGAAGGUCCUCAGCUACUUGAAGGAGACGAGGGACCUCGGCAUCACCUACCAACGGCGAUCGGGGUUAGGGAUGGCCGUGUACGUAAACGCUAGCUACGUCGACACGGAGGAUAAUCGUUCGGUGUCAGGGUUGGCGACGACGGUUGGAGGUACCGUAGUCAGCCAUGGAAGCAAGACACAGAGCAUCGUGUCUUUGUCUUCGACGGAAGCCGAGUACAUUGCUGGCGGGGAGGGUGUCAAGGAGGCGUUGUUUGUGCGUGCGGUACUGUCGUUUGUUGCCCCAGAGACCAGAGGUAGUAACAUCCAGGUCCUUGAGGACAACCAGGGGGCCAUAGCGUUGGUGCAGAACCCCCUCAGCUCAGGUCGCACGAAUCACAUCGAUGUGAGGUUCCAUUUCAUCCGCGGAUUGUUUAGUUCGGGGGAUAUUUCAGUCAAAUUUGUUCCGACAACGGAUGACUGUGCAUGUCAAAUGGUCAGCCAUUGUCCAAAAAACGAUACACUCUCGGCUCGUAGCCAAUCCCAGUGGAUCUGA